CUCUCACAUCAGCUGAAAGGACGAACCUCCAGUUUUCCAGCCGCCUGAUGACGUCCACCAAGAACGUUUUUGUCCCCACGGCGAAUGGAAUUAUUGAGAAAAGUGGUGUUGACCAUGGGGAGGCGAGCGGACCUCGCGUCGGACUACGUCUCACGGCCGACCAGGCAGCCUUCAUUCUCAACAAGCACGAGCUGAUCCCCCCCAUUUGCUCCCCUCUCACCUUCACCUACGUCGAUCGUGGCUUCAACAACCGAACCUACGUCGUACGAACGGAGGACCCAAAGGCCGAGUUUGUCAUCCGCCUCACAGGAAAUUGUUGGACGAGGAUGAAAACGGAGAACGAGGUGGCAGCAAUCAGUCACCUCUCGUCACAAACCAAUCUCGCCCCCACACUCCCCACCAUUCUCGCAUUUUCCUCGUCCAAGGAGAGGUCAGGGGUUGGGUCAGAGUACAUCGUCAUGAGCAAGCUGAGAGGUGUCCCCCUGGACGAGAUAUUUCUGGGGUUGAGCUCCAUGCAGAAGAAAAAAGUACUGCGUGGCAUAGCAGCUUUGUUGGGUGAGAUGAAGAUGCUAGCAUUUUCGUCCAUUGGAUCUCUCCAGUUCGAUGAUAAUGACGCUUCCUCGUGUGGGGAAGGAUUCAAGCUGGUGGAGGACAGAGGAGGUUCUGUUUACAGUCGGAUCGUGGUCGGACCUGGGCUGGAGGCAGGGUGUGGCCCAUUUCAAACCUAUCUCGAAUAUCUUAGAGCAACCUGCACCACAGAGUUGAAGCACUUGAAAGGAUGCCCAUUCCUCAUGGAAGAGCAACGUGACGACGAGUCAACAAGUAUGACGGAGUUGAUAGCAAGGAUUGAGAAGUUUGUGGACGUCAUGUGUGACCCGAGGAGGACAAAGUUUGGCGAGGACGUAACGAAUGUCAGUAUAGUGUUCACUCAUGGAGAUUUUGAACCUCGAAACAUGUUGGUGGACGAGGAUACGCUGGAAAUUACGGGUUUGGUCGAUUUUGAAUUUUCUGGAGCAUUUCCUGAAGAUGACGACUGGAUGGCUGGAUUUCAGUGGAUUGGGGCGACAACCUCUGAAGAAGAAGCAUUUGGAGACGGUGAAGUCAACACUGCCGAGAUUUUAUGCAGACCAAACGAAUUGAGUGACUUGAGGGCAUACUUUCUCCAGCAGUGUGAAUCUCUCGGAGUCAGAACCCCACAAAAUAUCACAGGACACGGGACGCGAGCUCUGAUGUACCAUUUUCGUGGAAACAUAGCGCCGUGGUGGAUGCGAGAAGAUAUCACACCAACCCCACCAGAGUGGACUCCAGCACGAAGCAAAGCUAGACUUAGGAUUGCUAAGGUUUUGGACCAAUUCGGAUUUUAAAAUUGUGAUGUGAUGGAUCGAUUUUAUUCAAUAUCACGCAAAUGCACUUGCAAAUAACAUCAUUGAGUAAAUAAAUUUGUGGGUGUAACUUGAUAUUAAUAAUAAAAAAGUACAAUACGUAGUGUUCGUAUCUAAUACUACAGAUGGUGGUUGUCUGCAUAAUAAUAAGAUAUCAGGUCGUGUCGUGUACGAGGGA